UAUGAUGAUACGAUUUCCUGAAUAAAAUAUAAAUUAAAUAAAUAAAAAAAAAUAAUUAAAAAUUUAUUUAUUUAAAAAAAAAUUAUAAACUAAUUUUUUUGUAAGAAAAAAAAAUUCUUACAAAAAAAAUAUAUAAAAAAAAUUUUUUGAGACAAGUUUUAAAUAAAAAGCCGCCAAAAUUAUCGCCAACAUGAAUUCGUACUUUGAGCAGUCCGGCUUUUAUGGACAUCCGCAUCAAACAGCAGCUGGAAUGAUGAGCUCUGCAGCAUCUCAUCAUGAUCAAGCCUCAGCUGCUGCGGCGUAUCGUGGAUUUCCGCUCUCUUUGGGCUCCGCUGCUGACACAAACGGCUACAAGGAUGUUUGGAAUGCGACAACGGGAGCAAGUGCUGCACAAACAACAGGAUCCUCAGUGCCCGUUAGACCUUCCGCAUGUACCCCGGAUUCGCGUGUUAGUGGUUAUAUCGAUGCUGCAGCCAGUAGUCCCGCAAGCAGAACAGGUUCGGCAGGCGUUGGAAGCGGAUCCGCUGCUGCGGCAGCAGCUUGGAAUGCAAAUUGCGGCAUUGGAACACCGAGUGCACAAAGCGCUACGUCAGGUCUCCAUCAGUCAAAUCAUACCUUUUAUCCGUGGAUGGCGAUUGCAGGUAAGAGAUACACAGAAUCUCUUGCUGGCUCAUUACUACCCGACUGGAUAGGAGCAAAUGGGCUAAGGCGACGCGGCAGACAAACUUACACAAGAUACCAAACACUUGAAUUAGAAAAAGAGUUCCAUACCAACCAUUACCUUACGCGGCGGAGACGCAUCGAAAUGGCGCACGCCCUCUGCCUCACGGAAAGACAAAUCAAGAUCUGGUUCCAAAAUCGCCGGAUGAAGCUGAAAAAGGAAAUUCAGGCGAUCAAGGAGCUGAACGAGCAGGAGAAACAGGCGCAGGCACAAAAAGCCGCAGCGUUAGCGGCAGCACAACACGCGGUAGAGCAAAACUAGCUGUACAGUAACAAGUAUAAUAAUUCGUCUAGCUAUAAAGAUUCAAUAUAUAAACAUUGA